GGACACGAAACGGGUUUGUCGUUGAUGGGAAGUGUGUUCAGGGUUCAACAACAGGCGUCUCGCGGGCUUGCAGGAUAAAUACAAAUAUGGGACAAGUACAACUUUGUAGAUAUCAGAUGCGAUUAUUCAGUAAGGACACAUAAGGAUGUCCACGGAUGACAGCAUCUCUGAGGAUGUGUCCAGUUCCGUGGCCCUGAGUCCGGACCAUAUAGAAAACGGCGAGGGCUCCAUGGUCUCCAUGGCGGUGUCGGGGCUGGCCGCUCCCGAGGAGGAGCGCGUGUCGGCACAGUCGGUGCAAACUUUGGAGGGAAUUCUCACCGCUGCCGCCGGCACGGUCAAGAACAGAGGCCCAGUCUCCCGCAAGAACAGAAGUCUCCAUCUUGACGUGGAAGGCUCGAGGGGAAGUCUGACUGCCAUCAACCCCAGUGCCCUGGAGACUCUGACAGCCCUGGUGCAGGAGAUCCAGAGCAGUGGGGGCACUGAUCCCCAGAUCUGGAGGGAUUGUGAGGGCCGCUGGCUGCAGCUGUUUCAGCUGGUGGAGAAGCAGUACCGGGACCAGAUCCUGGCUCAGCACGAGCAGUACCAGUGCCAGAUCCAGCUCAUCCAGGAUGAGAUCAAGGCCCUGGUGCAGCUGCAGAUCCGCUCCCACUCCGGGCAGAACCCGGUCUCCUCUCAGACCCGCGGGGCCGGGGACUCUCCGCUCGUCAGGCUCCUGAACAGCGGCCUCCCCGGGCCCCUGCUGGCCCCAAAUCCCAGCACUACGUCCCCCAGCCGCGCGCCCAUGGGAGAGCCCCACAUGAAGGCCCCCCAGGCCAGCCCGGAGGAAGGGGCCAUGACUGUAUCCAGCAGUGGCUACGGGACACUUUCCACCUGGGGGCCCAGUCCACACUGGGGGGGCGAGGGAGGGGCGCGGAGUUCAGCGCACGGCCUGUGCCUCACCGCCACCACCCCUGACUCCGCCCUGAUGAUGAGUCCGGAGUUUCAGCGAGAGCUGCCCAAUCACGCGUCUCCAGGCGCUUCGCCGGCCAAUCACAGCCCCUCUGCUCCUCCACACGAAGCCACCGGGCAACUGACCUCCUGGGCGCAGAAGGGCCGGGUUCCCAGGAGCAGGGUGGCGAGGGAGAGGAGGCCACCACGGGCGGAGGAGGAGGAGGAGGAGGAGGAGGAAGAGGAGGAGAGCCGUACGGGGUCUCUGAGCACUGAGGGAGACUGCCUGGACGAAUAUCGACCGACUGAGCCGUCCUCCAGCGUCUUUCCCUUGAAGCGCAGUGACAGCUUGGUGUCUGAGGUCUCAGGUCUGACGUACUGGAGGCUGGACGAGGGCGAGCUCUAUCGGCCCCUGCCGGACAGCUUCGACAGCGGGGCCUGCCUCCUCCUGCAGUCCCUGAACCAGACCUCUCAGGAUGACCCCAAACUGCCCGUUUCCCUGAAGGAGAUCUACCAGCGCAAGCAGGCGGGGCGAGCCAAAACUCACGACUGGGACUCCUUCAGCUCCAAUGCCUCUACUCCACAGGUGUUGACCCUUGACCCCACGCCGCACACGAAGCAGUCCGACCGGACGUCCGGCUUCAGCUCCCCGUCCCACUUCAGCAGCCCGAGCAGCCCCCAGCAGCCCCCGCCCGGCCGCUCCCCCGGGGCCCCCGCCUUCACCCCCGACUCCAUGAGCGUCCACCGGGACCCCCCCUGCGCCUCCCCCGCGCUGUCCACAGCCAGCACCCCCACCGAGGGGGCCCCCGACGGGACGCCUGCUGCCCCCGUGCUCCCCCACCCCGUCUCCCUCGGCGACGAGGGGGCCAGCCGCCCCACCGUGCUCGCAUCACAUGCCUCCGCCCGUGGCCAAUCAGGAGGCAUCCCGGAGAGGACCGCCUCCCCCUCCUCCUACUCCCUGGAAGACCCGGUGGUCCAGUCUCUGCUCAGGCAGAGCCUGAAGGAGAAGCACUCCCGGCACGUCGCAGAUCUCCGUGCAUACUACGAGUCUGAGAUCUCCUCCCUGAAGGAGCAGCUGGCCGGGGAAGUCCAGAACAGCGACCUGGAGAGGGGCAACCAGAACCUCCUGGAGAGGUGUGAACACCUGGACAGAGCGCUAACCGAAGCCAGCGCCUGCAUCCGAGACCUGGAGACAAAGAACUACCAACUCCAGAGCCGACUGGAGGAGUGGCCAGAGCGUUACGCGGCAGCUGAUGUGGCUGUGCAGGCUCUAAGGGCUCGGCUGGAGGACUCGGAUCGGAGCGCGCAGGAGAAGGACAACGUUUUGGGCCGGCUGCAGUCCCGACUGCAAGAGCUGGAGGAGGAGCUGGAGGGGGCCUCCAGGGUCUCCCACGACCACGGGGCCCAGAUGAGGAAGGGCCACAACGUGCUCCAGGAACUCCUAGUGGAGUAUGAUUCCCUGAGGAAAGAUCACGAAAGAGUGAAGGACAAUCUGGUUUCAGCGGAGAACAAGCUCUACGAUGCCAAUGCACAGAUAUCUGAACUGAAGAGAUUCGUCUCCAAGCUGGAGUCUCAGAUCAAACAGCUGGAGCACGAGAACCUGAUGAAGACGCGUCACAUGAUCCAGUCCCGGUCGCAGCCGUGCGGGCUCUCCCAGCAGCCAGACCUGCUCCUCUCCCCCAGUACGAACCGGGCUCACCUGAACGGCGACAGGAAGUGGCCGAGUCCUGAACCCGACCCCUCAGCCCGCUUUGGACCGGACCCUGAUAGGACAGCCACCUACAACAGCAGGUGCUACUCCCCGCCAGGGACCCCCACCCCGCUGAUGAAGGCCCUGAUCCGCAUGGAGGAGUCCCAGGGCAGGGAGGGCCGCGCCCUCCACACGCCCGGUUUGGGGGGCCACAGGCCCACAGUGAGUUUUGUGGAUGGCAGCGGUCUGGGGCCGGCCCACCUGCGGGCCCAGAGGAGCCUCUCUCCCGAGGGACACCGAUCCUCCUCCCUCCCCCCCUGCUCCCGGAGGAGUGCUACGGCCUCCACACCCACCAAGAGGGAGAUGCUCCUCACCCCACUCUCGGCCAAGUCCAGCCCCAAACGCUGUCCCACCGAAAACUACUCCACUGCCUUUGGAGAGUCGCCAGUUCAGCAGCUGUACAGCCAGCCCGGGUUUACUGGGAUCUGUGAUCAAACGGACCCGUCCUCCGCCUCCCUCUCACGCGGCUCCAGUCUCAGAAAGAGGCUGCAGUUCUCUUCAGACGGACUGGAAGCAGGGCCGAGCUCCAGGCCGAGCCAGGAGGAGCGGGGGGGGGAGCAGGGGGGGGACCUGCCCGACGCGUCUGACAGCGGUGUGCCCUCGUCCUACCUGGGCCAGGUGCAGUCAUUGGCCGACACAGAGCGGCUGUUCGACGAGCUCACUCAGGAGAAGCAGCAGAUCGAGGCGGAGCUUAGCCGGAUCCCCGGGGCUGGAUCUAGAGUCACCAUGCAGACCAGGCUGGAUGAGGUGGCCCUUGAAAAGCGACUAGAAAAGGUCAAUCGUGACUUGGGGUCCAUCCGUAUUACCCUGAAGAGGUUCCAUGUACUACGGUCUUCUGCCAAUUUAUAAACAUUUUCUGGUGUCGCUAAGGUUAAUGAAAGCCAACCUUUGUGGAUUGAUGGGUCAACGUUGUUUAGAGAAUUACUAUUUUUACUUUUUUUGCAUAGCAUAUUCUCUGUAUAGAAAAUUUUGUGUACAUGCCCAGAGGAUAUUUUCUAUUUUUGUUACUGUGAUAUCUAUUUGAUAUGUUUUAUUACACAAACAAACCGAAGGAUAUUGCAAAACCUUGAAGAGUUUAUUUUAUUAAUGGUGAGAUUUUAUAAAAUCUUUACUUUUCUAGAGAUCAACAUUCUUAUUCAUUGUGGUUCUUAUUCUGCGUCAUUGGCCACAUUCAGGUCAAUAGUGUUUCUGCCUGUUCAAUAUAUCAAUGAGGCAAAAAUGGAUGGAAUAUUUCAACAGUGCUGUAAUAAAUCAUAGCCAGUUUUUACUGAAAUAUCACAGAUUUUCCCAAUUUCAUAAAAUAUCUUCAAUUAAUAGCCUUCCAAAUGUUUCCAGUAAUUUCAGAAAUUAUUAGUUUGUUAAAUUAUGUACUGUCAGGUAUAUUUUGGGUAUUUAAAAAAAAUAUUCAUUCAAACUUAGAUUUUAAUUAAAAGCCGAUCUGAAUAGUUGGCAUCGCUGAACAGCUAUUUUGUUUCGGUUGUCUCUGAAAGAUACAUGUAAUUGGACGGAUUUAUACUAGUAAAUGGAAACUACAGUAGAAAUACCAAUGGGUCACCCUCAGUCAUUAUCACGGAUAGGUUAGCUUAAUUAAAUGACAUUGCAUAUACUAACAAUGUGUCCAAGAUGAAUCAUGUUUUAGCAGCAUAAAUUAUUCUUCCAGUAAAAACAUGUCUUGACCCAGGACUCAAUAACUGUCCAGCGAUGGUAAACACAGGUUCGUAUUAGAGCGCAGAUUAAUAUUCUAUUCACCUUGAAGGCAAACGGCAAGGAUUAAGAUCACAUGUAGUGAAUGCUAGCUGGCACAAGUAGGAUUGAAAUAUGUAGAUGGUUCAGCGUUUAAUGGGAAAGGCAGCUUAUUUUCAGCUUGUCAUUUAUUUUGGAUCAUAAAAGUAAACAUCAUUGGAAAUUGUAUUUUCUUUUUUAAAUCGUUGUCAGGAAAUGGGUUGCUUGUUCCUUUUUUUUGCUUUUUUGUUUUGUUUUAGGGCAUGAUGUAUGUAUAUACGCUUUUAAAACAUUCCAUUUUAAAAAAAUCUGUCCAUUCCUUGUUGAGCUGAGUUUACAAAUGACACACUUGUGAUUCUAUCCCUGUGUUAAUUCACGCGAAAACCAAACCAGCACAUACUGUUUACACGCGUGAUCUCCUAGAGGCGGGAGAAACAUCACCAUGCAGGGACACUCUUAGUGUAAUGUGUUGAGAAAUAUCAUCGACCAAACGACUUUUUCUUAUGUUCUUUUAUUUAUUUUAUAUUUUGUUCAUACAGAAAAGUUGGCUACUGCCAUAUUGCACUGAAUCAGACCUGGCUAUGUUAUUUGAUGUGUUGCUGUUAAACACCUUUUCACAUUAAAUUUGCCAACUGAAAAUAAAAGCCUUGCACAUUUAAAAAAACAAAA